UUUUUUUUUUUUGAUGUCCAACCCUUUCGACGACGACAGCGGCACUGCUGCUGCUGCUGCUGCGGCUGCCGAAGGGACGAAUCCGUUCGACCAGGACGAUGACGACGUCAAGACCAACGCGAACGCGAACGGCAGCGCAAAUCCAUUCGAGAACGACGACGACGACGACCAAGCGAGCCAAGCUGGGCGCAGUGGCGGCGGCGGUGCGUUCACGUCUUCCUCGCCUGCUGCUGCUGCUGCUGCUGCUGCUGCUGCUGCUCAUGCUGGGCCACGGCGUUUCACAGACGGCGAUGCACAGCAGCACCAUGGGCCGCAGAAGCCGCGUCGGACCAUCCGCGACUCGACCGAUGCAGCGGGCGUCGUCCAUCACAGCAGCAGCAGUGGCAGCAGCAAUCACAGCGGUUCAGCGUCCUCGUCAUUCACCAACGCUGCUGCUGCUGCUGCUGCUGCUGCUGCUGCUGCUGCUGCGAGUGCUACAAGUGCUACUGCUACGAGUGCUGCUUUGAAUGCGAAGGCGGCGAACGCAACAGGCAGCAACAGCAGCAACAACCCGUUCGACAGCAGCGACGAUGCCGUGCAGCAACCAGCCAAGCCAAAAUCUUCAUCUCCAUCGACAAGUGCACCAGCAACGCCAACAACAACCUCAGCGACGACGACGACGACGACGACGGCAACUGCAUCAGGACUGACUGGAUUGGACAAGACUAAGCCCGCUGCUGCUGCUACUGCUGCUGCUGCUGUAUCGCGACUCAAUUCAAUCACACAGGCAACUGGCGCUACGCCACUGCCCAAUAGAGUUGCACUGGUUGUGGCUUGCGCUGCGUACGAAGAGCUGAAUGCCCACCCAACGGCCAUGGCAGAUGCCCAGCUGGUGCAUGGCGCGCUCACCAAUUUGCAAUUUCAAAGCCAACUCGUCGUCAAUCUCAGCAAGCAAGAGUUGCUCGAAGCCAUCUUUGCGUUUGUUGAGCGCGUCAAGCAGCUCGGGCCGCACACACUGGUGGUCUUUUCAUUCCAUGGCCAUGGCUUGCAGAUUUGUGACGAAAACUACCUCGUGCCAGCCAACACUCUGCUCAGCAACCCGAUUCGAGCUGGACGCCAGUGCUUGCCGGUGGAGGCAGUUCUGUCUCUCCUCAGCGACGCGAACGCUGCAUGGAUGCUGGUCAUGCUGGAUUGCGCCCGCACCAACACGUUCAAGUCAAAGUGGCUGGCAACGCUGAGCUCCUCUGCUGGUGCCGAUCUUGAAGACGACGAGCGGGCCCGUUUCCAGCGCAGUGCAACGACGGCCGGGCUCACUCACAUCGAGCCUCGUGCGCGAACUGUGGUUUUGUGCGCUGCUGCGCCAGGAUGUUUGCAGGACCCUGCGUCGUCGGGCGACGCACACUCACUGCUAGCCAAGGCCUUUGCCGACGCUGUUGAAAUGAGCAUCGAUGCUGGCAAGGCUGCUUGCACUCGUGCAGCAGCAGCAGCAGCAGCAGCAGCAGGCGUCGAUGGGGACGCAGACGGCGCGCUGACGCUGCUGGCCCAGCCGUGCACGAUGCUGUCCAUCGUUUCCAUGGCUGCGGAAGGCACUCGGCGAAAUUCAGAUGGCCACCAGGCUCCUUGCUUUGUGUAUCUCGUUCAUCAAGAUGCCUGGUUUGACUUUGCUUCGUCUGGAGUCGUCCGAUCCUCGAUUCGAGACUUUCCUGGCGACGAGCUUCUGCACCACAACGACCACUCUGCAGCUCUGACCUACGCACGCCAGCUUUUUGAUCAGACACAUCAUCCUCACGCGGCCUUCAUUCUGGGCGUAUGCAACGAAGACCUGGCGACAGCCUAUUUUCAUCGCAUGAGCCUGGAAUGGAUGGCUGAUUUGCGUCAAGCAUCGCCCACCAGAGAUGCCGACUCUCCAUCAUUGUCUGACAAGCACGUCCCUGCAGAUCGCACAGCAACCGGCACCCUGCCCCUGAGCAAAUCGCUUGGCGCAUUGCUCGAUCAGAUGAAAAAGGCCUACGCCGACGCCAUUCGCUUCUUCUCCAUUGCUGCGGCGCAAAGCCAUGGUCCCGCAAUGUACUGUCUUGGAAGAAUGCACCAGCGAGGCUUGGGCGUCAGCCAGGACGAGCGGGAAGCCGAGCGGCUGUACCAAACCGCCCGUGGCUUUGGCUUUUUGGAGUGGUUCCGGCGCGCUGCAAGCUGUGGCAGCGUUUACGCGCAGUUCAAUCUGGCACGAUGCCUUCACCUGGGCAUUGGCGUUACGGCCGACGUCAACGAGGCCAUGACCUGGUAUCGCCGUGCUGCCAAUCAGCAACUUGCAACCGCGCAGUUCAACCUGGCUCUCAUCCUCUCUGCAAAGCGACACACUGGCGUGACCGACCCCGGCAAUGCAAGUGAGGCAGCGGCUCUCUUCCAUGCUGCUGCCGAUCAAGGCAUCCCCGAGGCCAUGUUUGAGUACGGCAACAUGCUGCAAGAAGGGCGGCACGUCCCGAAAGAUCUUGCCGAAGCUGUGCGCUACUUUCGUGUUGCAACUGCUCAGGGCAAUGCGCAUGCACAAGCUGCACUUGGCCAUUGCUUUGCAAACGGAACCGGCGUUGUGCAGGACGAGAUGGAGGCCUUCCGCCUGAUGCGUGCCGCUGCCGCCCAAAAUGAAGCAAGCGCGCUCUUCAACCUCGGUGUCAUGUACCUACGUGGCCGUGCUGGCCUUGCCGUCGAUCGAGGUGAAGCCGCGCGCUUGUUCAAGCUGAGCAGCGAUCGCGGCAACCCGCAUGCACAGUACGCGCUUGGUCGCAUGUACAAGGAUGGCAAAGGUGUUGACCACAACAUGAGCGAGGCACUGCGUCUAUUCCAAGCUGCUGCACAGCAAGGAGACGCCUCUGCGCAAGUUUGCUUGGGCCUGAUGCAUUACCAUGGCCAAGGCGUGCCCAAGGACAUUGCCGCUGCAGUUCAGCUCUUUCAAGUCGCUGCUGCUUGUGAUUCCGAUGCGAGCUUGCCCCUCGAUGCCAAGACGCUGGAAAAUGAUGCCGAGGCAGCUUCACAGAGUUCCGGCGAGCAGCAUGCUGUUGUGACUGCCCGAUUCAAUCUCGGCUGGGCUUUCAUGAACGGCGAGGGCGGUCUGCCUGUCGACAAGGCAAAGGCCGCGGUGCUCUACCGCUUUGCGGCUGAUCGCGGGCUCGCCUCUGCUCAGCAGAAUUUGGCUCUGAUGCUGCUGCAUGGUGAUGGUGUCGAUCGCGACGAGCAACAAGCAGCCCACUACUUGGCGCUUGCUGCGGAAUCUGGCGAUGGCGAGGCCCAGUUCAAUCUCGCACUCAUGUACCUUGAUGGCGUGGGCGUGGAGGGCAACGAGAAGGAAGCCGUUCGUCUCUUCCGCCUCGCAGCGGACAAGAACUUGCCAGACGCAUUGGUCGGGCUCGCGAGCUUGUACAUUGAAGGGCGCGGCGUGGAAAAGGACGAAACCGAGGCUGCUGCCUUGUACAAGCGUGCCGCGCAGCUCGGACAUGGCUUUGCGCGCGCCAGCCUCGGUGUUUUGCAUCUCCAUGGCUGCGGGGUGGCCAAGAAUGAGCCUGAAGCUCUGCGCCUCAUCCGCGCUGCCGCCGAGUUUGACCAUGACGACCACGGCCAAUUCACGCUCGGCUGGAUGUAUGCCAAGGGCGUUGGAGUGGCUCGCGAUGAACGCGAGGCAGUCAAGUGGCUCAAGGCGGCUGCCGAGCAAGGCAAUGGCGACGCGCAAACACAUCUCGGCUGGAUGUACGAGAACGGGCUCGGUGUCGCCAAGAACGAGAAGGAAGCUGCGCGGCUCUACGGCCAAGCAGCUGAGCGUGGCAAUGCUGAUGCACGGUACAACCUCGCCGUCAUGUACGAGCGGGGCAGAGGCGUUGUCAAGAACGACAAGGAAGCCAUCCGGCUCUACGAGCUUGCCUCCGCGCAAGGGCGCAACAAUGCGGCAACAGCGCUUGAGCGGCUGCAAAAGAAGCUGGCGGACGCAAACGGGACGGCUGCAAACCUGGUCACUUCAGGGGUGGCGUCGUCCGGCCUCGACUCUGCCAUUGAAACGUGAAAAGGUUGUGCACAGAAAUAAAAGCGUGUUGGUUGUAUUA